AUGGAUUCGCAACCACUCGAUGAGGAGGAAGGCCUGGCCGUGACCCUCGCGUCCGACGACCAGCCGAGCUAUGCGCAGCGGCCGAAAUGCUUCAGCUCGACCGUGCAGGAAUGCCUGUUCGUUCUGACGGCCACAAUGGCCAUCGGCCAGCAAUCUUUCUUCACAGGCUGUAUCGUGGGCGUGACGGCCUCAAUUGGAGCAGACCUAAACAUGAACUCGGCAGAAAUCACCUGGAUCAACGCCGGUGCCUCUCUCAGCAGCGGCGCUUUCCUCCUAACAUUCGGCAAAAUAGCCGAUAUGUUCGGCCGCAAGUCUCUCUUCAUCAUCGGCAUGGCGGGCUUCACCCUUACCCUCUUGGUCGCCGGUUUCGCCACUGAUGCUAUCUACAUGGACGUUUUCUCGGGAAUCCUGGGUCUCUUCGCCGCCGCAGUCGUACCGCCGGCCGUCGGGGCGCUGGGCGCCGUGUAUGAAAAGCCGUCGAAGCGGAAGAACCGCGCAUUUGCCUGUUUCAGCGCAGGGAAUCCGCUCGGGUUCGUGGGCGGCAUGAUCAUCUCAGGCGUCGCGUCCUACGAAUAUAGCUGGCGCGCUUCAUUCUGGGCGCUGUCGUUGGUGUAUGCGGUCUUUACGGCGCUGGCGGUGUGGACUGUGCCCCCGGAUGCGUUUGCGCGGACUCCUGUUAGUAUGGAGGCGAUUCGGCAGUUUGAUCUUCUAGGCACAGCGCUAGUUAUUGUUGGAUUUGCGUUUUUCUCGAGCUCGCUUUCAUUGGCUGGCGAUGCGCCUGACGGCUGGAAAACAGGCUAUGUACUCGCUCUCUUCAUCGUGGGCUUUUUACUGCUUGCCGGGUUCCUGUAUUGGCAAUCCGUCGCAGAAAACCCCUUGAUGCCUCUGUGGGUCUGGAAAGAUCUCAAUUUCUCUCUGCUCAUGGCGAUCUUCUGUCUCGGCUUUAUGGGCUUCUCGGCUGCCACAUUCUACCUUUCUCUCUACCUCCAAGAAGUAAAGCACUAUACCGCCCUGGACAUCACCGUGCGGUUGCUCCCCAUGGUCGUUGGCGGCGUGCUGGUCAACGUGAUUUGCGGUCUGGUUCUGCACCGCGUCAGCAACAAGCUGUUAACCGGUGUUAGUGCACUAGCAUAUACCGCAUCCUUCCUAAUCUUAAGCUUCAUGAAGGAAGACGCUACCUACUGGGCUUUCAUGUUCCCGGCGUUAGUUCUCGUCGUAGUUGGUGCUGAUAUCCAGUUUAACGUCACGAAUAUGUACGUGAUGUCCUCCCUCCCUCCGAACCAGCAAUCUAUUGCCGGUGGUAUCUUCAACACCGUGACGAAGCUCUGCAGCAAUCUUGGUCUUGGCAUCGCGACCUUCAUCAACACCGCUGUCGCCCACAAGAUGACCCCUACCACCCCUGCCAUCCGGCCUUACCUUGCAGUCUACUGGUUUGCUGCUGCUGGAGCCGGCCUGUCAGUCCUCAUGGUGCCCUUCUUGACGCUGGGUACGCAAGGCAGCGAUCCAGGUCCAAAAACUGGACAGACCCCAUGCGAGUCUGAGAAUGGAGAGGAUGACGAGGAAAAUGAUAUGGUUGGUGAUUCCACGGGCAGAGAAACGCGCACCGCGACGCUAGUUAUAGAGCACAGAAAGCGAUAA